AUGGACGUCCUCCUCUUCCUGUGCUUCCCACUGGGCCUGGUGCGCUCGCUCAACCCGCGGGACCCCAACGUUUGCAGCCUGUGGGAGAGCUUCACUACCUCCGUCAAGGAAUCGUACUCGCACCCUUACGACCGCGUGACCGACGAGCCAUGCUCGGACCCUCGGACUAACUACAGAUGCCCCAGACACAGGAUCACCUACAAGACGGCCUACAGGCAGGCCGUCAAGACGGACUACCGCAAACGCUAUCAGUGCUGCCCGGGAUACUACGAGAGCCGUGACAAAUGUGUUCCUCGCUGCACCAAGGAGUGCGUCCACGGCCGCUGCGUGGCUCCGGACCGUUGUCAGUGCGAGGGGGGCUGGCGAGGAGACGACUGCUCUAGCGCUUGCGAGAACCAGCGCUGGGGACCGGGCUGCGGCCAGCGUUGCCAGUGCCAGAACGGCGCGCAGUGCGACCCGGUCAAAGGCACGUGCCGGUGUCCGCCCGGUUUUACGGGCCGCCGCUGCGAGGAGCCGUGUCCCGCCGGAACCUUUGGGACGGGCUGCCUGCAGAAGUGCCGCUGCGGGGUUGGCGGAUCUUGCGACCCGGCUAGCGGCGAGUGCUUCUGUCGAGACGGAUUCACCGGAACCUUUUGCGAGAAGUCAUGUUCAAGAAAAUGCCCGGCAAGGUGUCCUUGUCAAAAUGGCGGCAUCUGCCGGGGCAAAGGCGUCUGCGCUUGCCCUCCUGGAUGGACGGGUUCGGUAUGUACGGAGCGCUGUCCCGAGGGCCGCUACGGGCCCAACUGCGCCGAGGAGUGCGUUUGCCACAAUCGUGGAAAAUGUCACCCCGAGACCGGGCAAUGCAAAUGUGCGCAUGGCUUCACUGGCGCCAGGUGUAACGAGGAGUGCGCGGUCGGCUCUUACGGCGAAGACUGCCAAGGCGUGUGCGACUGCGCCAACGGCGCCCGUUGCUACAACAUCGACGGUGGUUGCCUGUGUGAACCGGGCUUCAGCGGGCCCAGCUGCAAGAAUAGGAUGUGCCCACGCGGGAAAUACGGCAUGCACUGUGAGCGCGCCUGCCUCUGCCACAGCUCCAACACGCUCAGCUGCCACCCGAUGAAGGGCGAGUGUACGUGCCAGGCGGGCUGGGCGGGGCUUCACUGCAACGAGACCUGCGCCCACGGUUUCUACGGCCACGGCUGCCUGGAGCCCUGCCUCUGCGUCAACGGCGGCGUCUGCCACGGCGCCACCGGACUCUGUCAAUGCGCCCCCGGAUACACGGGUGUUCACUGCGAAACACCGUGCAAAAGCGGCACUUACGGCAAGAACUGCUCACUGGAAUGCUCCUGCAAGAACUUUGUGGAUUGCUCGCCGGUUGACGGUGUCUGUUUCUGCAAAGAAGGCUGGCGGGGACCCGAUUGCUCGGUCCCGUGCGCUGAAGGAACGUGGGGCCGCGGCUGUAACGGCACGUGUCAGUGCGCCAACGGUGCAAAGUGCCAUCCCGCCGACGGGUCCUGCGUCUGCGCCGCCGGCUGGCGGGGAGUGCGCUGCGACCAGUCGUGCCCGAUGGGCUCGUUCGGUCCGGGCUGCCUGAAGAGAUGCGACUGCGUCCACGCCGACGGCUGCCAUGCGACCACGGGAGAGUGCCGCUGCAUGCCAGGCUGGUCGGGCCCGCGCUGCAGCGAACCGUGCUCGGAGGGUCUGUGGGGGCGCCACUGCAACCAGACGUGCUUCAAGCAUUGCCCCAACAGCGACACCUGCCUGCGGGAAACGGGGGCGUGCGUGUGCCGCCCGGGGUUCUGGGGAGUCACCUGUCAGAACAAAUGCAGGCCUGGGACUUUCGGCGAGCAGUGCGGCCUGUCUUGCCCGUCCUGCGGCCAGUCGUAUCGUUGCCACCACGUGACCGGGGAGUGCGACUGUCUCCCGGGCUACACCGGCGACGACUGCCACCAAGUUUGCCCUUCGGGUUACUACGGAAAGGGCUGCGGUGAAGUGUGCCCGCGCUGCGCCAACAACGCUACGUGCGACCACCGCGACGGCCAGUGCCAGUGUCUCGCCGGAUGGACGGCUAGCGACUGCUCCAUACCUUGCAGCGCGGGACGUUUCGGCUCCUUCUGCACGCAGACUUGCUCGUGUCCCGCUAACGGCGUGUGCGACCGCGUCACAGGAGAAUGCCGGUGUGACAAUGCCGAUUGUCAACAAGAGCGGUCAGAGCCGGGCAGCGUGAUGGUGCCUCUGCCCCCAGGCGAGCGCGAGUCCUGGGCGGCCAUCAGCGGCGUGGUGGCGCUGGUCCUCCUGGUGGCGCUGCUGCUGGCGCUGCUGCUUCUUUACCGACGCCAGCAGAAGCUCAAGCACAACAACGCGCCAGCCGUCUCCUUCUCCGCCGGACGCACCGUCAACUCCGACUACGCCGUGCCGGACACGUCUCCCCCUGGUUACCAGCACUACUACUCCAACCCGAGCUACCAUACACUGCGGGACAACCGUCCUCCACUGCCUCACCUCCCCAAUAACCACAAGAACACCAACAAGCAGCUGUUCUGCAGCAUGAAAAACUGUGAGCGCGAGCGACGCGGUCUGUUCGGCGUGGAGAGCAACGCCACGCUGCCUGCCGACUGGAAACAUCAGCACGCUCGCAAUAAGGAAGCAGGAGCGUUCGGGAUUGAUCGCAGCUACAGCUACAGCGCCAGCCUCGGAAAAUAUUUCAACAAAGAAGUGAAUGAGUUGGCGUUGGCGGGCAGCAGCGGUUCCCUCAACAGCGAGAACCCCUACGCCACCAUCAAGGACUUACCGGGCCCCCCCUUCGGCCCCCCGGAGAGCAGCUACAUGGAGAUGAAGUCGGCCGUCCCCCGACCUCGGGAGCGGGCCUACACCCAGGGCGCUCCGCCACCGCCACCUCCGCCCUUUAACACCGCCUCACUGCGAAGACAGCGUCAACAUUCAGUAGGCCACGCCCCACAAGAGGACUCCCACGGCCACUACGACCUGCCAGUCAACAGCCACAUCCCGGGCCACUACGACCUACCGCCCCUGCGCCGGCCCCCCUCUCCUCCUCCCCUACCUACGCCCGACGCCUCGCCACACUGA